CGAUGUGAUAUUUAUCUAGUGCUGCAUGAUUUAUUUGUACUAGAGAGAAGAAAGGACUUUCUAAACGUUUUUAAAGAUUUUACAUUUUAAUUUUCUUUAUUUUUCUAUUAGCCGUUAAAUUUAAAAUGUCAUUAGUUGAAAUAUCCCAACACGAUGAAGUUAUUUACUCAAUUCUUGAUAAACCACCACCGGAACCGCCUAAGACACCAAGGUAUGAAUCCAAACUGGAGAGGGAGUUGAAGGAAAGAAAGAUCCCACAAUUACGACUUACAUUCGGUUAUGCGGAAACGCCUCUAAAAACCCCAGAUAAAUUCUUAAGAAAAGGUGAAGGUAUUGGGCAACCGAGAAAAAAAUCUGAUCACAAAUGUGUCGUGUCUAGCAACUUACCACCGGUGCCGGAACGCCCACCUCCGGGGAAGAAACCGGAAAAGCCCAAGAUCAAUUUUAAAGUGGUGAACAUAAAGAAGGCUAUAAAAACUAAAGGGAAACCCGUGGAACCCAGGUUAGUAGACACUAGAGAUGGACAUAUAAAAAAGAUAAAGGGCUCUGGCGAAGUGCCAGAGUACUGUCUAAGGCCGGACUUCGGGAAAAUGCCCGCUUACUUGGUGAAAAGGAAUAGGCGUAUACAAAGAGAAUUGGAGAAGAUCAAACAUGCUGAGGAAAAUAGGGAGAGUCUGUGCAAGCAAGUCUCUGAGGAGGAACGACAAAAGUUGUUAGAGGAUCUUAAACACAACUGGCAACUGAUGCAGAAAGCAUUCCUCCAACUCCCAAUGCUAACGGACACCAUCCCGAAGAUACUCAAGAAAACAAAAAUGGAGCAAGAACUGAGGCAGUUGGAGAAAGAUAUAGCUUUAAUUGAGAGCAAUCCGUUCAUUUAUAUUUACGAUUAAAAAUAUAAUGUGAUUGAGCAAAUUUUAAUGCUAAUAGCAUUGCUAUAAGGUUUCAAAUCUAUUGUAGCAUCUAAAAUGUUAUGCAAUGCUCUCAUGACGAAAAUACUCAACUCUUAACUCAAAAUUGUAGAAAACACCAAAAUUGUAAAAGAAAACCAUUGGGACACACUGCAUGAUCAUGCUAAGAAUAUCAGGAUAUAUCUUUGAGAGUGUGAACGUAUUUUUUUAAACCUAUACUUAUUUAGAAGGAGAAGGGAUAAACUGAACAUUCGUCAUACAACCUACUUUACGAAGGCUAGAAGCAGGAAAUUUUGCGAAGGGCAGCAUUUUUCUUUGCAUACACAACUCCUGUGGAAAAUUUCAAGUAGGUCAAGUGACGUAAUGGAACAUUAGAUAGGCUUUCAGUCGACUGGAAUACCCACAACAUUAUUUCAUUAUUUGUUAUUGUUCGCUAUUCUAAGAUGCAUAAAAAAAUUGUAUGUUCGAAGCUGGAGAAACAAUAAGAUGAAUCGAUUGGAAUCCUUUUAGGAGUGUCCUGAAAAACACGAGAAAAAAGUUUGAGCUUUCUAUAUUAAUUUGUACCGAUAGGUCACGAGAUGCAAAUUUUUUUUCCAUUAUUUUUCUAAAAAUGAUCCUUUUAGAAAAAAAUAUUUUUAUUGCUAAAUACUCAUUUAAUCAUUAAUAAUAGAAAUGGAAAACUUGAAUGGCUUUUUACUGGCACUUAAAGCCAUAAUUUUAUAUUGCACUAGUUUUUACCCGUGACUUCGUCCGCUUGACCGAAAUAAAAGGUUGUCUUCUGCAUCCCAAAUAGUAUACCAAAUUUGAUAGUAAAUGGUUAAGCCGUUAAGGCUUUCACAUAUAAAUGUAUAAUAAUAACGUAAAUAAAACAACGAUUGGACAAAAUCAAUAAUAAAUUUAUUUUGACCAACGAAUUACAAUGUUCACAAAAAUAUGGAAUGUGGGAUUGUGCCUAUAUAUCUUAAACCUAAUUGACUAGAUUUACCUAGACUAGCUACGUACAGAGACUGAGCCUCUAUCUCACAGAUAUGUCGCCGUGUCAC